AUGGCGAAUGGUGUGACUCCUGAUCAUUUCGAUGUGGUGGUGGUGGGCGCCGGCUCCGGCGGCUUGACCGCGGCCAAGACGGCGGCGCGCUUCGGGGCCAAGGUGCUGCUGGUGGAGCGGCUGCCGCGGCUGGGAGGCGACUGCACCUGGUUCGGCUGCGUGCCGUCCAAGGCCCUCAUCCGCUGCGCCCAUGCGUGCCACGAAGCCCGAUGUGCUGCACGCUUCGGGGUCAAAGGCAUCGAGACGAAAGAGGUGAGCUGCGAUUGGCAGCAAGUGAAGCAACACAUCAAGUCAUGUCAGGAGAAGAUUUACAAACAAGACGACAGUCCAGAGGUGCUGGAGGCAGCUGGAGUUCAGGUGCGUUUGGGAUGUCAUGCAUCCUUCCGAGACGCUCACCAGAUGCAGCUGACACGGGAUUCAGACAGCGACGGUGCUGGUGGCGGCACCUCAGUGGUGACGGCCGAUCGCUUCAUUCUGUGUACCGGUGCCGGCCCUGCACUACCGCCCUUGAAGGGUCUUGAUGCGGUGCCUUUCUUCACCUACGAAUCCAUCUUCGACCUGGAUGUUUUGCCAUCGAGCCUCGCAGUCAUUGGAGGAGGCCCCAUUGGGAGCGAGCUGGCACAAGCCAUGGCGCGCUUGGGUUCGCAGGUAACCCUCGUUGGCAAGCUGAUGCCUCGAGAAGACGAUGACGUGCGCAAGGUGAUGUCGCAGGUUUUCCAAAGAGAAAACAUUCGCAUCGUAGAAGGUCGCGCGGAAUCGGUGGAGAAAGUGGAUGGAGGUGUGCUGCUCCGUGCCGGCGGCUGCGAGAUUCACUGCGCGGCGCUGUUGGUGGCUGCGGGGCGGAAGCCGCAGAAGUUGGAGAUGUUGGGCCUGGAGCGGGCAGCAGUGAGGUACACCAAAGAUGGCAUCACGGUGGAUGCGAAAUUGCGCAGCAACGUGAAGCACAUCUUUGCAGUGGGGGACUGCCUGGGCGGGCUGCAGUUCACUCACCUGGCUGGCUACCAGGGCGCUCUGAGCGCCUUCAACGCACUGCAAGGGGUGCAGCUUAAGGGGCCCAAGCUGGCGGAGGUGCCCCGCUGCACCUUCACGCACCCAGAAGUGGCCACUGUGGGAUUGACGCUUUCCGAGGCGUUGCGGCAACUGGGUUCCCAGGUUUCAGCGAAGCUGCGACACUUGGAGCAGGUGGAUCGAGCCAUUUGCGAAGGUGAGACAGAGGGCUUCAUCAAGGUAGUGCUCAGUGGCGGAAGGAUCGUGGGUGCCACAGUGGUCAGCCAGGGGGCUGGUGAGAUCGCUUCCGAGUUGGGCUUGGCCAUCAGUAAGAAGAUGAAGUGCAGCGACAUCGCCAGAUGCAUCCAUUCCUAUCCCUCCAUGAGUUUCGCACUACAACAGCUCGCAGCGGAGGAACAGUACGCCAAGCUGGAAAAGCUGCUUGGAGCCAAACUCUCAAAUGUCUUCGGUGCCUUUGUGGUCCGCGCUUGCACGGUGGCAAAUAAGGCCAAGAUAUCGGUGGAGUCGAAGCAUGUUGACGCCGUUUUGCAUCCACCCGGGGCCAAAGAGUCCCAAGCCGAGCAGAAAUGCUGCCCCAGAUCCAUGCAGAGAGUUGCUAAAGAGCCGGUGGACAACAUGAGUUUUGGAGGCAACUUGAGCUUGCGAAAGGGCUUAAUGCUCAAGAAACACCCAGUUAAGCAACUUUCCAUUUGCAAAGUGCUGGUUCAAUCCGCUGCUCUGUGGUGCUGUUUGGCUCGAUAUUUGGAGAACCUCAUGCCACGCAACAGCACGGUGAGAACAGUUGUGGUGACAACCAUCGCUAACUCAUUGAUGCUGACGUUGUCUCGGCAGGAGCCACAGGCAAUGAGCGAGGCAGGAGAAGCCAUGGCAUUUCAUGGGAUCAUUUGGGGAUGGGAUGAGAUGGGCAAUCCAGAAACCAACGGACCCAGCAUGAAGAUGGGACGGCAUCAGGGGAUUCUACAGGAGGCCUUGUCCCGGCAGGAGAAGCUUCUCCAGGGCCUCAUAGAUGUGCUCCAAGAGGCUCCAGAGGCGCUGCUUGGCGCCAAAGCUGAACCGGAUCCUUUGCUGACCGCCAGCGAGGUAGAUGGCCACCAGAUUUCUGCCAAUUGGACGGAGGAUGGCGACACGUUGAAUAACGAGCUGGAUGAUGAAAACGAUGCUGAAGGUGUUGGUAGCUGGCCAUGGCCCAGUGGUCAGGAGGUGCAAGCAGCAAAACCAAAACCUUUGCUGAAGCGAAGCAAGCGCGAAUCCAUUUUGGCACCUGGAGCUGACAUGUUCGCACAUUCGCCUUCGACCGCCUCGAUGCACGCAGUACUGAAGAAGCGAACCUUUUCCUCCUCCAUGGUCAACAGGGCGCAGGAAUCCAACAUCCCAUUGCUUCGCGUGGUCCUCGUCAAACUCGUGGCGCUGAGCAAUUGGUUUGCUGAGUUGAAGGAGCCUGAGAGGAAGUGGUGCUUCGCACGGAUCAUCGAUGGAAGCAAAUUCUCGACCCUGUGUUUGCUGGUGAUCUUAGCCAACGCCAUUUUGAUCAUCAUCGUCUCAGAUUAUGAAAUCCAACAUUUGGGUGAAGCGAUACCAGAAGAUUGGGAGAUUUUGGAGCUCUCCCUCACGAUUUUCUAUGGCUGCGAGUUGCUAUUGAAGAUCAUCGUGCAUCGCUUGUACUUCUUUGUCAACGAAGAGUGGCGCUGGAACAUCUUCGAUUUUUUCUUAGUGGUCUUCUCCUUCAGCGAGGUCGCCAUCUCCCGGAUGUUGGUGAUGAACCAACCUGGGCCCGAAAGCUCCGCCAGCCUCAACGUGGGCUUCUUGCGACUUUUGAGGCUCACCAAGUUGGCCAAGGUCUUACGCGUCUUUCGGACCCUGAAGUUCUUCACGGAGCUGCGAUUGAUGAUCGAUUGCGUUCUGGGAUCCUUCAUGCAGAUCUUUUGGUGUUUAGUGAUGAUCGUCUUCGUUCUCUACGUCUUCUCCCUACUCAUCGUGCAGGGCAUUGCGGACUUUCUCCUGACGGAAGGCGCCGACACGGUCUCCGAAGAGACCUUCCAGGGUUUGAUGGACCACUUCGGCUCAGUAGGAGAAACCAUCAUGACUCUCUUCCAAUCCACCACUGCGGGCCUGGAUUGGCGGGAUGCCUUCAAUCUCUUGCGUGGAGGAGGCUGGUUCUUGGCCCUUGUCUUCUUGGUCUACAUCAGCAUUUUCACCAUAUCCGUUUGGAACAUCGUCACCAGUACAUUUGUGGAAAAGGCGAUGAAACUGGCGAAACCGGACUUGGAUUCCAUGCUGUUGGAGCAGAGCCUGAGAGAUCUACAAGACUCCGACGAGCUGGAAAAGCUCUUCAAGCCCUACGCCAGUCGAAACAAGGAGGGUGAAGAUGAAAUCUCACUGGAUGACUUGCAGGAAGCAGCUGAUGAGGCGGAAUUCCUCCUCUAUUUGUCUGUGAGAGGUAUCGACGUGAAAAACGUGAAGCUUUUCUUCUACAUGUUGGGCUCGAUGCGCGAGGACAACGUGAUCGAUCUCAAGUCUUUGGUGAAAGCCUGCGUUCGAAUGAAGGGCUUCGCAACCUCCAUUGACUUGCAAUCCGUCUCCUUUGAAGCCAAGCUCAUGCAUGGGCAAGUCAAAGAGAUGUUAGAGGCAAUCAGCAAGCGCAUUGACAACCUCGAGGUAUAUCCCUUCAGAGACGAUGAACUACUUCAGGCUGUGGCGAAGCCCAGCCCAUUGAACUUUCUCAAGGAGUACCCAAUCGAGCACGCCAGCCUCUGA